CUAACAGGAAGCUUGCACUUUACAUAAUACCCGCUCACGUAUUCUGAGUCAAGCUAUUGUUGACAACCCGAUGUAGCCCAAAGCUAGUUAGCAUGUAAGCUCGCUAAUAAACUAUGAUUGACUGACAGUUGUUUCUAGACAGUGUUGGAUAACAAGUAACUACAACCUAAGGCAAAUGUCUGAAUGAUAUUGAAAUACAAAAGAGCAUCUUUCUGCCUCGUUAGACACUUCGCUAACAAUAGUUAAUUAGACAACGUUACUUAGUUACGUAGCAACACGGAUAAUGAUGUCUUUAAAGUACCUGUGUGUGCUGUUUUGAAAUAGAUUGUGUCAUGUAUGGCUGCAUACCAUAUCUUAAGAUUUGCUCACCUGUUGAAGAAGGGACUGCCCCAGAAACAAGUUUGGACAAAACCAAAAAACACCUCCUUCGUGGUGUCGGCUCAAGUUGUAUUAAUGACUGCUCUGACAGACUUUGAACCUUUAGCAAAGAGACUCAAGGUUGACAUCAAAGCCCCAACGUCUCCUUCGUCUUCUGUCAAAGUCUCAAUUUUAGGUAUUCAAAGCAGAGACAAUGAGACAGUAGAUCAAGAAAGGAGGAAAAACAACACAGAGACGAAGAUGAAUAUACGGCCAAAGACUGGAGCAGAUGUUUUGCGAGGUGUGAAGACGAAAAGUUACCAUCAAAGAACUGGCCCCAGACAGCAACACAAGUUCAGAAAUACUCUUGAACGAUGGUUGGUUAAGCCCUCAAAAAACCCAAAUACAGCUGAAGUGUGCCAAACCCAAGAGGAUGUAGAAAUGACCGAUGAUGGUGACUUUCAAAGCACCUCAGCGCAGUCUCUGGACUGCCAAAAUGCUGAAAAACCUGCUCUCUCUGACUCAGAUGAAGAAACCCAACCCAUGACACCACAAGACCUGGAUGAAGACAAUCCUGUGUCACCAGCUUCCAAGGAUUCUGCAGGGAGUGGGCUUAUGCAGACGCUGCACAACAAUUAUGAUGGAUUAGAAAAACAAGAAAUGGAGACAUGCUCAGCAAGCACAGAGGAAUCUGUCAAACACAAUACCAAAAUAACAGACUUCUUUUCAGGGACCUCAUCGUCAGGGACCUCAUCGUCAGGGACCUCAUCGUCAGGUUUACCUGUGAGGCGGGGCAGGCCAGAUAAGUUCCCAGGCAAACAAGUUGCAGGCAAUGACUCUAGCGCUGCUGAGUCUGAUGUCAAAUGGCUGGGGACGCCAAUCAAUGAGUUAAAGAGAAUGCCUGAAUGUGGCGGACCACUUCCUCCACUGAAGAAUGUUCCUGGCCAGCACACUGUGAUGAUAAGGACAGACCUUCUUCAGAAUGGUAAAGUUCCUGUUCCAUAUCCUUCUAAGUUCAAGGAUACUUGGGAUGAUGUCCAUGUCAAGAUGCCCUGUUCUAGUUGGAACAUGUUUCCUGUAAAAGAUGAGGAAACACAAGAACUGCAGAAUAAGAGUCGGUGGGAGAUUAUCAAGGAAACUUUAAACAAUAAAUUUACAAGCCCAUAUGAGCUGAAGGAUGCAAUAUUGAACUACAGUGCCUCAAACGCCAGGAAAUGGGACUUCACAGCAUUACAUUUGUACUGCAGUAAGGUCCUGGAGACUGAUGCGGCUGAACAUCUGUUUGACUCCCUGCUGCCAGACAUGGUGCAAUUAGCACUGAGAGCAUCUGAGCUCUGUACCAAGCCGAUACCCCUCCUCAAGGGAGGCAUGAACCACUCCAUCACCAUGUCUCAGGAGCAGGUGGCAUGUCUCCUCGCCAACGCCUUCUUCUGCACCUUCCCCCGACGCAACUCCAGAAGGACUGAGUACUGCAACUACCCAGACAUCAACUUCUUCAGGCUGUUUGAGGGAUCCUCUUCAAGAAAGAUUGAGAAGCUGAAAACCCUGAUGUGCUAUUUCAAGAGCUUCACUGAGGAAAAGCCUACUGGACUUGUAACAUUUACACGAAAAAGCCUGGACAAACCUCUGAAUUGGAAAAGCUUGCGGACUCCGCUCACAAACCUCCACAUCACUUGUGAAGGGACCAUUGAGGAUGAUGGUUAUGGAAUGCUUCAGGUGGAUUUCGCCAAUCAGUUUGUGGGAGGAGGAGUCACCAGUUCUGGUCUAGUUCAGGAGGAAAUCCGUUUCCUGAUCAACCCCGAGCUUAUUGUUUCUCGACUCUUCACUGAAGCCCUGGAUCAUAAUGAAUGUCUGAUCAUCACAGGUACACAGCAGUACAGUAAAUACACAGGCUAUGCUCAGACCUACCAAUGGAGUGGCAGCCACCAGGACACAACUCCAAGAGAUGGGUGGCAGAGAAGAUGCACAGAGAUUGUGGCCAUUGACGCGUUGCAGUUCAGGAAUUUCCUUGAACAGUUUCGCCCAGAGAAAAUCAACCGAGAACUCAACAAGGCCUACUGUGGCUUUGCUCGCCCUGAGGAGCAAAAACAGAACCUUGCGGCAGUGGCUACAGGGAACUGGGGAUGUGGUGUUUUCGGGGGUGACACACGUCUAAAAGCUCUGCUCCAGAUGCUGGCAGCUGCUGAGGCGGGCCGAGAUGUAGCCUAUUUCACCUUUGGUGACAGCCAGCUCAUGACAGAUGUCUACAACAUGCACUCUUUCCUCACUCGGAGGAAGAUCAGUGUGGGGGAGGUGUACGAUCUCUUGGGGCAGUACUACAGCUCAGUGUGCAAGACUUGCCUUGGUCGGCGCCCUGUUGUCAGCCUCUACUCCUUCAUCUACCAACAGGUCAGCUCCUCCCUGGCGCCAGAGGACUCCGACAGGGGCUCGGCCAGACAACACGUCCCCACGGACUGCCGUUAAGGUCAGGUGGCUGAUGAGUCACCGUGCCUUAUCGUCAGAAAAUGAAGCACUUACCGAAUUAAAACAUUUUGUCUGCCGUGAGCUUUAUUUUUUAUUUCAAUUUUGUUUGGUGGAGAGACUUUUAAUUAACGGUUUGGGGUCUACCAUAUGUGGUUGUCCACCACGGGCAGACGAAAAUUAAAAUCUAGCAUGCAGAUCCUUUUCAAGAACAACUGAACAGCAGAAGGUGAUUAGUUAUGACCCUGUCUGGCACUUCAGUCCAAGCUCUGUUCAUUUUGCUGCUGCUGGUAAUACGCCAAUGGAUUGAGCUUCAAUACGACGCAAUUGUGAUUUUAAUGGUGAAGCAAAGGUUGCCAUCCAUCUUCUGAGUUUGUCAUGUUGCCUUUUUUACACCCACACAUAUCCAGCUUAAUUGAAUUGGCUGUCAGAAAUCAAGUUAAAGGAAAAGAAUAACAAGAACGGGGUUUGGAGAGCUCGGAGCGGUCUCAGGAAAGCGGUUUGAUUUAAAGAGCAGUCCGGCUCUUUGGGAAAUAAACUCAUUCCUUCUGUGUUUAUUGCAAAAUUCUAAUCAUGGAUCCAUGAAUUUAUUUUCUGGUAGGUUUUUUUGCUGUAUGUGAUCCACAUUAAAAAAAACCCAGUUGCACUUAAUUAAUUUGAUUUGCUUGUUUCUGCAUUUUACAACUGAUUUCAGUGUAAUUGUGUAACUGAUAUCAGUCUAGUUAUUUCUUGGCCUUUAGUAAUUAUUGUUGAAUAGCUACACUUGAAUUAAAAGUGAGGUAUUUUUCUGACACAUUUGGUUUUUUUUUCUGAAUAAAAUCAUUUUGAAGUAAAUAUUAUAA